CACACAACCUCGACCGCCCCUUGCAGCGGCCGGGCCGCUCCGCGCAGGCGCCGUCGCCGGCGCUUCCGGCAGCGCUGCCCUGGAUGGCGGGGCCGGGGUCUGGAGGGGCGGCGGAGCCGGAGGAGCCCGGGGAUGGAUGGACGGAGGAGCCCGGGGAUGGAUGGACGGCGGAGCGGCGGCGGCGGCUGUGGGUGCCGGGCGGGCUCUGGCUGGCGGCCGUGCUGCCCCUGCUGCUGGUACCGCUACCCUGCGCAGGGCAGAGCAGCCUGGCGAGCCCCGAGAACGUGCAGGUGCACGUGGUGAACACCAACUUCACCCUGAGCUGGGACUACAGGGGCACUGAGCCCAGGGUGGCAUUCUCUGCCCAGUUCCAAUGGCCGGAGCUGGAGCCCACGGGCUGGCAGGAGCUGCCAGGGUGCCAGGCUGUGGCUGGCACGAGCUGUGACUUCUCCUCAGCCAUCUUGGAGUACUACGAUGCCCACUACGUGCGUGUGAGGGCCCAGGCUGGGCCGCUGGUGUCCCCGUGGUCCCAGGUGCUGGAGAUGGUGCCAGAGCAAGUCGCUCAGAUUGGUCCUCCAGGACUGGAAUUGCAGUCCACAAAUGGAGUUGUAAAAGUUAUGGUUUCUCCUCCAGAAGCAAAUCAGAGGAAAAAAAUGUGGAUCAAUGACCUGACUUUUAAAUAUAACCUGGUCUUCUGGGAAAACUCCUCACAUGCUCAGCCCCAGAACAGAAGGAUUUUCCCUGUGGACACCAUUGAUGACCUUGCCCCAGACAGCACCUAUUGCUUCAAAGUCCAAGCAAAUCUCCCCAGCGAGGGCAAGCAAGGCCUGUUCAGCCCCACCAGCUGUGUGAAAACCACCCAGAAAGUGAACGACCUCCUGUGUGCCACCAACCUGAGUGUCCUGGCUCUGAACAUGCAAUUCCACCUGCUCUGGAGCAGCCAGGAAAGUCAGGAUGUGACCUACAACGUGCAGUACCUGCUUGGCUUCUUGAAGGAUCUCAAUGAUGAUUACUCAGACAAGUGGCUCAGUGUCCCUGGGUGUGAGAACAUCACCAGCUCCUGGUGCAACUUCUCCUCCAUCAUCACCGGCACUGGCUUUUACCACCUGCGGGUGCAGGCCAGGGGGGGACACAACAGAUCCUGCUUCUCCAGGGAAGUCAAGGUGGAUCCUCUGAGAACAAAUGGAAUUGGCCCUCCCGGUGUAAGGCUGGACCUCAGUGACACUUUGCUCCACAUCCUUAUUUCUCCUCCAGGAGGAGAUAAGGAUGAAUUCAUGAGGGACCAUUAUGACCUGUCCUACAGGAUCCUCUACUGGAAGAAUUCCUCAGAUAUGAAGGAGGAGGUGAGGCAGAAGGAGGUGAGGCAGACCAUCGCCACGGUGCCCGACGUGUCCCCCUCCUCGCUGUACUGCGUGCAGGUGCAGGCCUUCUCUGAGCACUACAACAAGAGCAGUGCCUACAGCCAGCAGCAAUGCAUCCUCACCCCUGCAGGCACACCUUUAGCUCUGAUCAUUGCUGGGAUUUUCCUGGGUGCCCUGCUGGUUGUCCUGCUGGUGGCUGCUCCUCUUGUUUUUGUGUUCUACCAAGCCUACAGCAAAAUCAAAUACGUGUUCUUCCCCUCCUGCCAGCCCCCCCUGAACAUCGAGGGGUUUGGAGCGCAGCCCUUGGGCAGCCCCUACCUGUCAGCUGCAGCAGAGGAGGCCGUGGAGCAUUGCUGUGUGAUUGAAUCCAUGGUCACCCAGGAGGGAAACCACAUCGUGUUCUCAGACUACAAACAUUCCACCCACAGCAGCCGCGACUCGGGCAAUUAUUCCAACGAUGACAACACCUCUGGGAGCAAAGGCUCCAAAGAAACACUGGAGAAGGAAAUCCUAUAACUGUGGGAAACCAGAACUCCUUUAUGGGAUUGUCAACUUUACAGACACUUCAAACCUCUUUGUGAUGGAAGUCCCAGCCUGAGGGGACACUGUGACCUCUGGGGUGCUGAGGGGACACUGUGACCUCUGGGGUCCUGAGAGGGUCACUGUGACCUUUGGGGUCCCAAGGGGGACACUGUGACCUCUGGGGUGCUGAGGGGUCACUGUGACCUCUGGGGUGCUGAGGGGUCACUGUGACCUCUGGGAUGCUGAGGGGACACUGUGACCUUUGGGAUCCUCAGGGGACACUGUGACCUUUGGGAUCUGCGGGGGACACUGUGACCUC